UUGCUACGCAGCAUGAAGAAAAAGCUAAAAGGAUAGCAUAACACUUCUGACUUUUUACAAAUAAAACCGUGCAACUGUCCUUUGAAUAACGAAGAUUUUCAUGACUAUUACAGAAAAAGAGUCCUUUGCGGUUUGUAAAAAAUGUUAAAUUGUCGCAACUUACAAAACUUGUUAAUUGUUUCAGGACCAACUCAUGUCCCAAAAAUGGCAGACCCAAGUACACUUUCAGCAGUGCUAAGGCCGACGUAUGAAGAGUUUAAAAACUUCUCUCAGUUUGUAGAAACAAACGCCUCGCUUAUAUUUAGCUCUGGUGUUGUAAAGGUCAUACCACCAGAAGAAUGGACACCAACAAUGAAAGAGAUUAGGGAGAAUUUGUACAUUAAUAGUCCAAGAUAUAUCAAACUAAAACCAAUCUCGGCUGGUAGUCACUAUGCUACAGAAUAUUUACAAGAUGACGAAAAUCUGACAUUUUCGGCAUUUAAAGACCAUCUGGAGAGAGAGUAAUAACAUAGUUUUACUUUAAACUUUAAAAUUUUGCAACCAUGUGACAGUGCACCUUAUAGUAAACAUGCAACUUUGUAAUUUCUUAUCUCGUGUUUUUAAAUACAGCUACCCACCGAUUGCUUCAGAGUCAACUACUAAUACAGAUACGUUUUGGAGGGCUCUGCCGUAUAUUGACUCGUCACCAUACAGUGUCGACAAUAAGAUGUCAUUUUUUACACAUGACAACGAGAUUUGGAAUCUAAACUGCUUAGAUGAUAAGUUUAGCUAAUUGUAGCACCUUCUGCAAGAUACAGUACUGGUUCCAAACCAUUGGCUUCUUCAACACUUCCUUUUAAUGUGGCAGGACAGUUAUGGACGGCAGGGACUUUUUGGCUGGCCGAUUAGCGAAGCCCAUUACUACACUGACCGGAAAAGUUUCAUUCUAUUUGUGUGUCUGUAUGUCCGCACGAUAACUCGAGAAAGAAUUGAGAACGAAUUAAGCUAGCGACCUGGGAUUUUCAGGGUCGUUUUGUAUCAUAAAAAGACAGA